CAGAAACUUUACACUCAUACAUUUACAAGAAAAAUAACGAAUAAACAGAAACAAAAUUAAAGCCGAUUAUUUAAUUAGAAAUACUGUAAUUAACAUGUCAAGCACAUCGCAGAAGCAUCGCAACUUUGUUGCUGAACCUAUGGGAGAUAAGCCAUGCACAGAACUGGCUGGGAUUGGUGAAAUAUUAGGAAAAAGAUUAGAAACAGCUGGAUUUGAUAAGGCAUAUACUGUGUUAGGCCAAUAUUUGAUCCUCAAAAAAGAUGCAGAACUAUUCAAGGAAUGGAUGAAGGAUACUAUAAAUGCAAAUUCCAAACAAGCAGCAGAUUGCUAUCAAUGUCUAAACGAUUGGUGUGAAGAGUUCUUGUAAACCCCACUUUAUUAUAUCCAAACUUAAAAAUCUGCAUAUAUUUUUCUAUAAUUUUAUUUUCUAACAUAUUAAACUCCUCAAUAAUUAUAUUA